UCUCCUUCUCCUUCGAUCGUUAAACAUUCCAUUUACGUUAGCACCCACUUGUUGGAAACAGAAAGCUCUGAAACUCAUUCCUCGUCGAUCAUUCAAGUCAUGAUUCCUGAAUAUGAUUAUCUUUUCAAACUUCUGCUCAUUGGAGAUUCUGGCGUUGGCAAGUCUUGCCUUCUUUUGAGAUUUGCGGAUGAUUCUUACAUUGACAGCUACAUAAGUACCAUUGGUGUUGACUUUAAAAUUCGAACAGUGGAGCAGGACGGCAAGGUUGUGAAACUUCAAAUUUGGGACACAGCUGGUCAAGAACGUUUCAGAACAAUCACAAGCAGCUACUACCGCGGUGCACAUGGCAUUAUUCUUGUCUAUGAUGUCACCGAUCAAGAAAGCUUCAACAAUGUGAAGACCUGGCUGCAAGAAAUCGAUAAAUUUGCUGUUGGAAAUGUGAACAAGCUGUUGGUUGGAAAUAAGUGUGACUUGGCUGACAAGAAAGUGGUGUCUUCUGAAGCCAGCAAGGCAUUUGCAGAUGAGCUAGGAAUUCCUUUCUUGGAAACAAGUGCCAAGAACUCUACCAAUGUAGAGCAUGCAUUCAUGACUAUGGUUACAGAGAUAAAGAAUAGGAUUGCUACUCAACCGAUGAGUGCUAACAAGCCAUCCACUGUGCAUAUGCGUGGACAGCCAGUUAAUCAAAAGACCAGUUGUUGCUCAUCUUGAAUCCGAGGAGAGGAUGAACUUGUUCUUGAUAAUGGUGGGAAGUUCCACCGGCUUCAGACCAGAGAAAAACACACAAGUUACACAGGCUUGCAGAAACAUGCUGCUUCGCAUUCAAUCGCUAUUCAACUGCGUGCCUCCUAUAGAAGAUUCGACUAUUGCUGUACCUGGUUCUCAUUAUUUUCUUGAUAUAGUGAUUUUGAGAAAUCCUUUGAAUAAUUUUACCACAAUGUAAUAGUUCAAUUAUAAACAUUUAUUUGAUAGACUAAUCCCUUAGUUGAAUUGACUUGC